AACGAAAUGAAGUUAGCUAUAGUAGGUAGCAGUUUAGUUGGAAAUGUUUUUAAUGCUAAUCCCAAAUGGAAAUUUAAAUCUAAAACAAAAAUAACAUGGCACUUUAAGCCCGGAGGUCACAUUGAUGAUUUAGAUUAUUCAACAGUGAAUUUUAAAACCCUUAGACCCAACAUUGUGUUCUUGCAAACCGCGGGUAAUGAUUGUUCUGACGCUGGAAAAAAUUACUCCAAAUCAAUCAAUUUUCACAUUUCAACUAUAACAGAGAACUAUUUAAAGGCCAUUUCCAUCAUUCAAAAGAAACUUUCUGAGAAAAAUGUAAUUUUAGUUGGAAAAAUUCUGAAUAGAUCAUAUCAUUGGAAACAUUUAAAGCACAAAAAUGAUGUUGAACGUACCAAUAUAAUCAUUAAUGGCGUCAACAAAGAACUUCAUCAACAGCAAAAUUUUCAUGACUUUAUUUUCUGGCGAUCAAGAGGAUUGGAGGAUGUAGUUACAAGUGGACUUUUAAAGAGCGAUGGUACUCACUUAAAUUAUCAAGGCCUAUCAAAGCAUAAGAAGGCAAUUAAAUACGCAUUUAUCCAUGCAUUGGGUAUAUUAGAUAGUUAAGUAAGUAUCUAAUUGUUUUUAAUAUUGAAUACAAAUAGUUCAAAGUAUCUUAAAAGCAGU